AUGUCGAAGCCGCUGCUGAACCACACUAUGUUUCGGAUCGCUGAUCCGAAUCGAUCAAAAGACUUUUAUGCCAAACAUUUUGGCAUGACUGUUGUUGAGACCCUCAAAGUUCCCGAGCUGGGGUUCACCAAUUACUUCCUUGGUUUUGAUGGGCAAGGAGCCUUGCACGAAAAGAAACCUUGGUACUUGCGUGAGGGAUUGCUUGAGCUUUGCCACAAUCAUUCAGCCACUGCGGAAAACUUUGUUGCCAACAAUGGCAACAAGGAACCCCACCGCGGGUUUGGCCACAUUUGCUUCUCUGUAGAGAACCUCGAGCAAUUCUGCAGCAAGCUUGAGUCUGAUGGUGUCAAGUUCCAGAAGAGACUCGCUGAUGGUCGCCAGAAGAACAUUGCUUUUGCGCUGGAUCCUGACGGAUACUGGAUCGAGCUCAUUGAGAACACAGGCAAGGCCACUCGUUUCAACCACACGAUGUUACGGGUUAAGGACAAGACCAAGUCGCUAAACUUUUACAUUAAUGAUCUCGGCAUGAAGCUGGUUGAUGAGCGUGAUUUUCCCGAGGCAAAAUUCACUCUCUACUUCCUUUCCUUCGAUCACAACCCAGGACCUCGCCAUGACACCGAGGGACUUCUUGAGCUCACAUACAAUUACGGUACUGAAAAAGAUGAGCAAUUCGUCUACCACACUGGUAACGAAGAACCCCAGGGUUACGGCCACAUUGGUCUAGCCGUUGACAAUGUUCAGGAGUUUUUGAACAAGCUUGAAGCCAAGGGUGUCAAAAUCACCAAACGCGUGGAGGACGGAAAGCUCAAAUUCAUCGCAUUCGUUAGCGACCCUGACGGAUACUCUUAUGAGCUUUUGCCUAAGGCUGAGUUCCCGGACGACCUUUUUGCUGAUCCUAAAUGA